GAAUAUCCCAAUUUCAAUUGCUUCCUUAUUCUGUUUUAGGGUAAGCAGAGAGAUUAGAUUAAACGACUUUUCUCAAAAUUCAUAAAACCAAACAAACCUCUAUUUAACCUUUGUUUUAACCCUGGCUUUUCCUCAUCACCUCUCUAAAUACUCUCACGCAGGUAAUCCUACGCUACCUCUCGACACAAUCCCGCUAAUCCUUUUGCCUUUUGGUAAGCUCUUUCUUCCUGUUUAAGCCAAAGAUAGCCUAUGCCAAUACUGUCAUCAGCACUGCAACAAAUUCACCAUUGAAGAAUCAUUUGGGACUAGGUGAAACAGUGAUUAGCAUGUCUGAACUGAUUGAAGGCCUUCCAGACGCCAUUGCUAUCAGGUGCAUUGCACGAGUUCCCUUCUAUCUCCAUCCAAAGUUAGAGCUUGUUUCUCGUUCGUGGCAGGCUGCCAUACGUAGUCCUGAGCUGUUUAAAGCUCGACAGGAGGUUGGUUCAACAGAAGAUCUGUUAUGUGUGUGUGCUUUUGAUCCUGAGAAUUUGUGGCAGCUAUAUGACCCUCUUAGAGACCUUUGGAUUACUCUUCCUGUUCUGCCGUCAAAAAUCAGGCACCUUUCCCACUUUGGUGUUGUCUCCACUGCUGGAAAACUGUUUGUGCUGGGUGGCGGAAGUGAUGCUGUAGACCCAUUGACUGGUGACCAGGAUGGAAGCUUUGCAACCAAUGAAGUGUGGUCAUAUGACCCAGUAUUACGACAGUGGGCCCCAUGUGCAUCCAUGCUUGUGCCCCGUGCGAUGUUUGCAUGCUGUGUUUUGAAAGGAAAGAUAAUUGCUGCCGGUGGCUUCACGAGCUGCCGAAAAUCAAUAUGUCAAGCCGAAAUGUAUGAUCCAGAGAAAGAUGUGUGGAUCUCAAUACCAGAUCUCCACCGCAGUCACAAUUCAGCGUGUUCUGGAGUAGUUAUUGGGGGAAAGGUGCACGUCUUGCACAAGGGCUUAUCAACAGUGCAAGUAUUGGACAAUUUAGGGUCUGGAUGGAUAGUUGAGGAUUAUGGUUGGCUCCAAGGUCCAAUGGCAGUUGUUCACGGGGCCUUAUAUGUGAUGAGCCACGGACUAAUUUGCAAGCAGGAGGGGAAAAGGAGGAAAAUAGUGGUUUCAGCAUCUGAGUUUCGAAGAAGGAUUGGAUUUGCAAUGACUGGGCUGGGAGAUGACAUAUACGUGAUAGGAGGGUUGAUUGGUCCUGACCGAUGGAAUUGGGAUAUCAAGCCAAUGUCUGAUGUUGAUAUCUUGACAGUUGGGGGUGAGAGACCAACUUGGCGACAGGCAGCUCCAAUGACAAAGUGCCGUGGUACAAUUCUUGGUUGUACGCAGCUGAGAAUAUAGGUCACACCAUUUGUGAUGUUUGUUGUUUUGUUGUGAAAAUUAUGCUGUUGUCAAGGCAUUGAUUUCCCUCCUAUUGGAGACGAGGAAUGUAACUUUUUUCUCUGGUUUUUGAGCCUUCA